CUGCGCGCCAGGAAAUUAGAGACGGCUCCAAUCCAAAUCCCGCGCGCGGCCCGCCGCGCCGUCCUCACGGCUGCUGCUCCUCCACCCCCUGAUCCGGAAACCCUAGUCCCGCGGGUUGUCGAGCCCUUCGUCCCCCCCCCCCCCCCACCCCACCCCGCCAGGUUCGGACUUCUGAAAGCCCUUCCGGCGCGGGAGGAUGGCGGGCGGGGCCGCGGACCAGUCGCUGCUCGACCUGCUGCCCCGGAUCCACGCCCUCUUCUCCGACCCGCUUCGCGUGAUUUCAUAUAAAUGGCUUAGUCGGAACUUCUCUGUAUCGUCAAAUGAUGCCAAGAGGUUGCUUCAGGAGUUUGUCAACAAAAAUGGAACCGACCUCCAAGUGAUCUACAGUGUGUCGGGGUGGCUAAAGAACAAUCCCCAAAAUUACUGUGUAAAACUCACUUCUGGCCCAAAACUUGAAGAAGCAAGACAAGCAUUCAAAGAUUCUUGUUCGGUCCAGGUCUACAGUAUCCAGGCUUGUAUUCCAAAAGAUACAGCUGUACUUUGGAAUCCUGAAUUUGUGCAGGCAGAAGAACUUUUCAACCAGCCUUUUGAUGUAGAGAACUGUUUGAGAGAUAAUAGGUUUUGUGGUGUUUUGAAUUCUUUUGUCAAACGAACAUCCAGUGGGAAGCAUGUGAAUUCAUUGCCACCAAAGCCUGUAAAUAGUGCUACAGCAGUAGCACAGUCAAAACCUAUUGUUACUCCAACGGAGCAGUUUGUUACUGCUCGGCAGCAAGAUUUACCUGGACCGUCUAAUCCAAAGCAGGGAGCAGGCAAUAAGUCUGAAAAGGGUAAUUCCGCAGUAUUAGAUAAAGCUGGCAAUGUUCCUGUUGUCAAAGAACCAUCAGUUGCUGCCCAUGCUAACAAAAAUAAAGCUCAGAAUGGCAAGGCCUUGACUGGUAAUGGUGGAUCGCUGGCUAACAUGUGGGGCCGUGCAUCAGCAAAACCAAAGCCUCCAGCUACCACUAAUUUUACAGCUGUAGCAAGUGUUGCAGCUACUGCUGAUGCACAAAUAUGUGCAAAGGAGGAAGCAGAUGCUGAUAGCAGCGACGAUGAACAGGGAAUAAAGUACAAGAGCGGAUCUUGCGGUGCAAAUAACAGAAAAAGAAGAGCAGUACUUGAUUUUUCAGAUGAUGAGGAAGAUGGUAAUAUUGUAAGCAUUGCAUCUCCUGAGCUACCAAAACAGCAUGCCCCGGACCCUGUUACCGAAACUGCUGAAGAAACUCGAGCAAAUCAAAAGAAAUUGGAAAAUAAAGAUGAUGUACCAAAUAAUGUGAAAGGUUGUUCAAGGGGGUUGGAGUCUGAGUUCGCUUCUGAAUGUAAAACCAAAAGUGUCAGUACUAUGAACCAUUCUGGGAUUACUUUAAAGGAAAAGAGCAGUGAUCCUCCAGUGAAUGAUAAUAAGCUGAAUUCCACAGCUGAGCCUGCUUCCACCUCACCGAAGAGAAGAAAGGUUUUGAAGAAACGCAUAGAUGAGCGGGGAAGGGAAGUUACUGAGGUGGUUUGGGAGGGUGAAGCUUCUGCGGGUGACAAGACAGAGAAGAAUGUGACAACUACUGCUUCUAGUGGGUCGACUCUUCCAAGCAAGCCACAGCCAUCAGCAAACUCUGACAAGAGCAAAGCUCCAAGCAAGGCAGCAGGCAGCAAGAAACCUGCGAAGGCCGCCGGCACCAAGCAAGGGAGCAUCAUGUCAUUCUUCAAGAAGGCAUAGAGCCUGCAGGCUGCACAACGCUUAUCAGAGAUGACCUUGUCCAGGAAACUGCAUUCAGCCACGGAACUGGGCCCCCGGCUAGACGUCUCUGAAGUGGCUCCUCUUGUACCUGAAUCACGUCGUCAGGUCGUCGAACAAGGACCAGUGGAGGCAGGCGUCCGUUAGCUGUACCAUUUUGCUGUAGCAAGUGUAGUGAGCGUUGGUUGAAUCAAGCAGUGAGGACACGUUUAGGAGUUCGGAGAUUGUCUUGGUGUAGAUGUGUGCAUAUAAUUGUACCGAAGGCGACUCAAACCUUUGCACUUUGCACGGUGUUGUGCUGUGUGGAAGUGGAGGAAGAAGCACUACUGGUUAUCUUUUCCUGGUUUGUUAGAACAAACACCGGAAAAUGUAUGUCAGUAUGUGUGAGAGAUGGCCCAACGAUAUGGGCCUCUGAAAA